AUGCAGCAACAAGUAUCUUGGGACGUGUGGAAGGAUUUCCAGAGAAUGAGUCAAGCUGGUGAUGAAAGUUCCAGUUCCGAUGAAAAAGAAUUGGAAGUCGAAAAGGAGCAACCUAUCUGUGCUUUAGCUCCAACAGUAUAUACCCGAGAUGAAGGAUCCACUGAUGUAACAUCAAGUCCUGCGUUUCAGUGUUUAGAUGAGCUGUUUUCUGCUGGAAAACUUACUGGCUCCAGAGUAGCUGAGCUGAAGGCAAAGUACAACCUGCUGCAUGAAACUGUGAGAAGCUUACAGGAAUCUGAGAUCCAGCUGUUGCAGGAAGCCAAACGUCUUAGUGUAGACCUGGAACAACAGCAGCAUGAACUGGAAAAAGCAGAACAGUUCCCUGAAGAAUCUUCCAGUGAAGUCUGCCGAUUAAGGCAACAGCUUCUUAAUUGCCAAAAUGAGUACAACGUUAUUAAAGAAAGAGAGCAUGAAAUUCAGUUCAGGAUAAAAUGUUUGCAAGAAGAGAAAAGACUUCUGGAAAAAGAAUAUGAAAGAAUUCCAAAGCAAGGUGAAGCAGAUAAGAAAAUUAAAAAAAUGAAAGAAGAUUGUGAUGAGCUCCUCAAAGAAGUAAUCCAAAGGAAAGCAGAAGUUAACGCAAUGAAAGAAGACAUUUUAUCCAAGCAGAAGCUGAUGAUAAUAGAUAAGAAAGAAGUGGAAAAGCUUCUGGAGGUCCAGGAUGGUUUAAAAGAUGAAUUAGUUAAGAUCCUUGGUGUUCCAGUGCAACUUAGAAAGGAAGCUGAGAAGAUAAAUCAGAAAAAAAUCGAUGCAGAGAAUCAAAAUGAAGACCUUAAUAACCAAAUGCAGGAGUUAAACUGUGCCCUGAAAGAUAUUGACAAAGGGACAGAAAAUAUCUUGCAAGAAAGAGAAGAUGUAAUGAAGGAAUUGAAUGGAAAAAGAGCUUUGCAGGAGAGCAAAGAACAAGAAUGUGCUGCUUUGAUAAGAUUGCUAGAAAUUGGCAGAGAAAAGGAACUGAUGAUCCUGGUAGAGAGAGACUCUCUGAACCAUGCAUUAAAGGAACAAAUCCUUGAGAAAAAGCAACAACGGGAAAUUCUCAUUCACAUGCAAGUAGAGAAAGAUAAAGAACUGAGAAAUCUGAAAAAGAUGGAGCUACAGCUGAACACGAUUAAUGAGUCCUUGGAACAAGACAAGUCACAGCACAAAACAUUGAAAUUAGAGGCAGAAGCUAUCCCUAAAAUUAAUGGAGUAUUACUAGAAAGAAGACGAGAACUGCAGAAGGAAAUUGAAAUGAAAAAGAGAUGUUUAGCUAAACAGGAGCUGGUAUCAGGUAUGGAUGCCCACACGUUAGAGGAAUGUAUUGCUGAAGAAGGCCGGCUGUUCAAGGAGCAGGAAAGAUGCCGCAGUGAGUUAUCCAGACUUGCACAGCUGACUUGGCUGAAAGUUGAAGAGAAGGAACAGAAAUCUAGGGAAGUUCAGAAAGUCCAGAUGCAACUUCAAAAUAUUAUUAAAGAAAUAAAAAGAAAGGAUCUUGAAAUAGAACAGUAUAAAAAGAGGAAAAGAAGAGUCCAGAAAGAACUCCAAGGAGUUGCUAAAAUGUGUGAUAUAAUCCAAAGUGAAAGGAAUAAAUGCAUACAUUUGGUGCAUGUUGCUCAGCAGAAAACAACUGAAAUUAAAGACUGGAUAAAAGUAAAAGCAAGUGAAAGAGAAACUUUAAGGAAUACUCUUAUAACCCAAGAAAGAGAACUGCAGAAACAACACAUGAAGAAUAAAAAUAACGUAGCAAUUAAAGAGAGUCUCAAAAACGAUUGCUCCAAAGUCGUGCAAGUCAUGUAUGAAAUGAACGAAAAGAAAAAGCAACAGGUUUUGGAUCUUGACAGACUUACCAAUAUUGUUAUCCGCAUUGAAGAGGAAAUUGCGCAACUGCACAAAAAGUACAAAAGAGCCAUUGAGGAACAAAACGAGAGUGGCCUUCUGCUUAGAAGUCGAGAAGAAGAAAUAUGUAUUUUAUAUGAAAAAAUAAAUGUACAAGAGUUUUUGUGUAGAAAAGGAGAUAUUGAGAUGCAAGCUAUGGAUGAAAAAAUCAGUUUUCUGAAGAUGAAGGUGGCUGAGAAAGAGAGACAGAUUAAAUUCUGGCUCAAAGCACUCCCAAUGAAGAGAGCCCUGGACACAGAGUUGGUCAUACUUCAGAUACAGUAUUCCCAGUGCAAGGACAGGAUUAAAGAGAUGGAGGAAAUUUUUGUUGACCCCAUGAAUGAGAGCAGAAAGCGAGACCUGGGAGGGAAGGACCCGUCUCCACCUGAACUGCAGAAGAAGAUUGAACAGCUGGAGGUGGAGCUGGUACAGAAGGAGGAGAAGCUGCUGGAGACAGACAUGAUCUACGAACACAUUGCCCGGCUCACGGACAAGAUCCGUGCCACAGCAGAGAAUGGGAAGCAGGGCACGCUGCUGUUAGCAACAAGGAUAAAUGAACUACAGAAGAAGAUAAAAGACAGGACCCGGAAGAUGAUGGCUCUUGUGGCAGAGUUAUCCAUGAAGCAAGCACUUGCCAUUAAACUCCAGCAGGAAAUGAGAGACAGAGAAGAGUUUUUGAUGAUUGUUUCAUCAAGGAUAGAUCAAGGCCUUCCUCCUCCUAAAGAGACAGAGAUUGAAUGGUUGAAGGUUUUACGCAAUGAGAAGAUGCACAAAGAAGCAGCAGAGGCCAGAGCUAGACAGGCUGCAGAAGAGGAACAAGCUGCAGUGCCCGGCCAUGUCCUCACAACAGCUGAACCACGGCCAACUGCUUAUGUCCCAGAUGAUGCAUACAGCCUGCCAGUGCCACGGCCCUAUGGCGCUUUGGCUCCUUUCAAGCCAAGCGAACCCGGUUCAAAUAUGAGACAUUUCAGAAAACCAAUUAUAAAGCCAAUUGAAAUCUGAGAAGACAACACAAGGAGGAAGAGAAGCCCUUACCAGUUGCUGAGUAUCACAAGUCAAUAGCAUUCAGGCUACAUGAAAUGCCCAUUAGAGUAUAGCCAACUUCCACACAGUAAACAAAGUAGUACUUAAUGCCAGAAGCACAGCUAAAUACUCAGUGAUACAAGUUCCUUCCUUCUGACUACGUGGAGCCUGUUAUGCCAAAUGCACUGCAGUAUUUUAAAAUGAGUAAUUAUCAUACCACACUUUUGUUUUUUCAGGUCAAGUUUUAUCGCAUCUAUUUUACAGCACAUUUCAUUAAAAAGAAUAAGGUAGAAGAUCUUCUCUGGUUAUCAAUAGCACACGAAUGAAGUCUCCACAUAUUACACAAAUACACCACCACAGCUUUCCACAGUCCAAGACUGAAAAAAAUUAUUCAACUGACAAAAAUUUAUGUCACUGUUCAAAAUAGGAAAAAGUGCACGCCAAAAACUAAACCCACUUCAAUUAUUCAUAAAUAAUAGUUGAAAAUGAGGAGAAAACAACCUCCAGCAGUUCUUCCUGAAGCUGAGUUUUGAACCAUAAUACUAAAAGUUAGAAGGAAAAAAUUCAGUAAAACUCAUUCCAUGCUGCUGUGAAGAUACAUUUCCAAAGAAUUUUCUUCUUGUCCUGCAUUGCAUUCAAUAUAUUAUAAGCAUCUUAAAAAAAAAAAAACAUACAUAAAAUCCCUCUCCCAUAUAAUUUAAGGAGACUACAUUUUGUGCUAAUUACAUAGCUCAAUAUAUUAGAAUCCCACUCCAAAGGCAGAAGUACCGUAAGACAAUACAUGACCACCACAAGGAAUGAGUAUCAUUAUUGAUGAUUAUAUACAAAGACUGAUGCCUCAUUUGUUAUCCUUACCUAUUUUAUAUCAUCACAUCAAGAAAUGCCUUUAUUAGUCUAAGUGAGUAAACAGUGGCCAAUUUUUUGUUACUGUACAGCUGGACUACCCUUUCCAGCACUGUCUGUCUCAUUAAAACUGUUGAAAGAAUACCUUUUCACAGCAUGUUUUGGUACCCACUAGUUCCACUGAUUUGACCACUUCAGACCUGAAACCCCUGAUGUGUUGGAAACCCAGGUCUGCAUCAGAUGCAUUUCUCUGCAAUUUACCUAGAGGUCAGUAAUUUCAGCCUUAGUGCACUGGACAAUUGCUACUUUGAGUAGCUGAUGUCAGUAAUGGUGGCCUACUCAAAACUGCAGAUUAAUUAGCAAACAUGACAUUUAAGUUUAAAAAAAAAAAUCACAGUUGGCUGCACACUUGUAUGUGAAUGAUUUUCAGUACCACACGCAGUUUGAGUGAUUUUGAGUAUUUACAUGCAGUUGAAGAAAGCCAUUUCAGGAAUAUCUGAGGCCCAAGAGCAUCAUCGUGUGUUUCAGCGCUGCUUCCUCCACAAACCUGACAUCAAUAUGAUCUUGUUUUUCAUACGAAUGCACACCUAGAAAAACACCAUUAGAAAAUCAGUAUUUGCAAAUCUAAGUGCUGUUGUACAGUAAGUCCUGCAGUUUACUAAACAUCCUGACCCACAAUACCAAAAGGUAAGGCGUUAGAUGGAACUGUGUUUUCAUCUAAAUAAAAUACCUACAGCUUUCAGUGCAGUUGUCUGAUGCUCACCCAUGGCAUACGCUUUCCUGUUAGUGGGAUAUCAGUAAAUUAUGCCCCAUGUGGAAGAAAGCUAGACUAUCUCUGGAGGCUGCUAGGAAUUUCCAUACUGAUUUUACCUUGGAGAGCGAAAUAAAAUUUAA